UCUCUCUUGCCAAACAUGGCGCAGGCUAAUAGUGAUCCGCUGAUGUUUUACUGCAAUGGAAAAAGAGUUGAAGAGCAUCAUCCAGAUCCUGAGAUGUCAUUGCUGGUUUAUAUAAGAACAAAGUUGGGGCUAAAAGGUACAAAGUUGGGCUGUUCAGAAGGAAGCUGCGGGGCGUGUACAGUGAUGGUUUCUUCGUAUGAUUCCAAUUCCAACAAGAUUCGCCAUCGAGCUGUAAAUGCGUGUCUAGCUCCCGUCUGUUCAAUUCACGGUGCAGCUGCUGUCACAACUGUAGAAGGCAUUGGAAGCACGAAAACAAAGCUGCACCCCGUGCAGUGUGGUUUUUGUACUCCGGGAAUGGUAAUGUCGAUGUAUACACUUCUGAGAAACAAUCCUCAUCCUACCAUGGAAGAAAUCCAGACAGCCCUAGGUGGGAACCUCUGUAGAUGUACUGGUUACAGACCCAUCCUCGAAGGUUACAAGACGUUUGCUAAGGAUGGCGGUUGUUGUGGAGGGAAAUGUAGGCAAAACAACGUCACUGAUGAGCUAUCUGCUACGAAAGAGGAUAUGCGUUCUCUGACCUUCAAAGGUAUUGAAACAAAAUUCGGGAACAGGCUCUACCCUGAACUAAUCGAUGUGAACCAUGUCCUAGAAUUAAGAGAGCUAAAGGUCAAAGAUGGUGGUAUUUUGAUCGGUUCUGCCGCCACUCUUAGUGAAGUGGAAAGCUUCUUCAAAGAGAUCAUCGAACAAGAAGAGGGUUUCAAGACACCAACACUCUCCGCAAUCGUUGAGAUGCUCCGCUGGUUCGCUGGUCGGCAAAUCAGAGACGUGGCUAUGAUUGGAGGUAACAUCGUGACUGGUAGCCCCAUCUCAGAUCUUAAUCCAAUAUUCAUGGCAGCCAAGUGUACUUAAGAACUGGUAUCACAUUCUAGAGGUACUCGUUUUGUGGUUAUGGAUGAACAUUUCUUUACGGGAUAUCGCAAAAAUAUCAUCGAGCCAGACGAAGUGUUGAGGUCUAUCACGAUUCCGUUCACCCAAGAGAAUGAGUAUGUCUUCGCUUUCAAACAAUCGCCACGCCGUGAAGACGACAUCGCUAUCGUCAACGCUGGAAUGAGAGUCGCUUUCGAGUGCGACACCGACAUCGUCAGAGACCUGACAUUGUCUUUCGGAGGGAUGGCAGCAACCACCGUCCUUGCUACCAAUACCAUGCAGAAACUGAGAGGAAAAAAAUGGGACGAAUCAAUGCUGGAAGUAGCCUUCACCUCCCUAUCAGACGACCUCCCCCUUCCCGCCGGGGCUCCGGGCGGGAUGGAACCUUACCGACAAUCAUUAGCUGUGGGAUUCUUCUUCAAGUUUUAUUUCAUGGUACUUGAACAACUGCAGUCUCGCCCGAUUGACAAUUCUUCCCGGGCGAUAUCUGCCACCGACAAGAGUGCCAUAGCUGCGUUGAAAGAUGGGCCAGUCAAAGGGGUGCAGUUCUUCCAGGAAGUGCCCUCUGGUCAGCCAGACCAUGACCCUGUAGGUCGUCCCGUCAGUCACAAGGGUGCCUACCAGCACGCCACGGGAGAAGCAGUGUACAUCGAUGACAUGCCGAAAAUGUCGGGUGAACUCCACAUGGCCUUUGUCUAUAGCGGGAGGGCGCAUGCAAAAAUCACAGCUAUCGACCCAUCUAAAGCUUUAGCCUUGGAGGGUGUUCGUGACUUCAUAUCUGCUGUAGAUGUCCCUGGCAGCAACUAUGUGGGAGUCAACUUUCAAGACGAGGAGCUGUUCGCCACCAAAGAGGUGAUGUACAUUGGGCAUGCAGUCGGAGCUAUUGUUGCUGAUACCAAGGAGGUAGCUCAACGAGGUGCCAAGCUGGUCGAAGUUGACUUCGAUGAUCUCGAGGCCGUGAUCACGAUCGAGGACGCAAUCGAGAAGGGAUCCUUCUUCGACUAUUUGAGAAUACUGGAAAAUGGCAAUCUCUCGGAGGCUUUCGAAAAGUCUGAUUACGUCAUUGAGGGAGAGAUGAAGAUAGGAGGUCAGGAACACUUCUACAUGGAGACCCAGUGCGCAUGCGUAGUGCCAAAGGGGGAGGAUGGCGAGUUUGAAGUCUUUUGUGGUACCCAAAACCCGUCCGCCGUGCCCAGAUUCGUAUCUUCUGUCCUUGGAGGUCCCUUUAACCGGGUCGCAUGUCGAGUUAAACGGGUCGGUGGCGCUUUUGGUGGAAAGCAGUACCGGGCGGCGAUAUUGGCUGCCGCAUGUGCAGUAGCUGCAAACAAGGUUCGUUGUCCAGUACGCUUCAUGCUCGAUCGUGAUGAAGACAUGAUCUCAACAGGGACCAGGCAUCCCUUCUUAGGUCGCUAUAAGGUCGGAUGUACCAAGGAAGGCAAACUCGUCGGUGUUGACAUCAAGCUGUUCUCAAACGGCGGCUUCAGUUAUGAUACUUCAACUAACGUGAUGGAUAAAGCGAUGAAUUACUUCGACAACGCGUACCGCUUGCCCGCGUUCAGGGUGGAGGGACGAGUCUGUCGCACCAAUCUGCCAUCCAACACAGCUUUCCGCUCGUUUGGCACUCCGCAGUCGAUGAUAAUCACCGAAACACUCAUGGACGAUGUCGCAAUCAAGUGCGGGAUCCCUCAACAUGAAAUGAGAAAGAUGAAUUUCUACCAGGAGGGUGAUGUCACACCUCAAAACCAGAAAAUUGAGGAUUUCACAUUACCUCGUUGCUGGGAUGAGUGCCUCACCAAAAGUGACUAUGCCAUGCGAAGGGAGGCUGUCGAUUUAUUCAACAGGAAUAAUCGUUGGAAGAAGCGAGGACUUGCUAUCAUCCCUGCCAAGUUCGGCAUUUCUUUUCACAUAACACACUUAAAUCAGGCUGGUGUUCUAGUUCACAUCUACACCGAUGGGUCUGUACUCAUCACCCACGGAGGCAUGGAGAUGGGUCAGGGUCUGCAUACCAAGAUGAUCCAAAUCGCUGCCAGGACUCUCGGAGUCCCCGAGGGGGAGAUCCAUCUGACAGAGACCAACACCACCAAAGUUCCCAAUAUGUCAGGGACGGCUGCCAGUACAGGGACAGAUCUGAAUGGAGGGGCAGUUAAGAAAGCUUGUGAGACUCUGAAACAAAGACUGGAGCCGUUUAUGUACGCCAACCCGAAAGGCGAUUGGAAAGCAUGGGUCGAAGCAGCUUAUAACGAUCGUGUGAGCUUGUCGGCAACUGGAUUUUACAAGACACCAGAUUUGAACUAUGAUUUCGAGAAAAACGAGGGCAAGCUCUUCCCUUACACUACGUACGGUGUCGGAGUCUCCGAAGUCGAGAUCGACUGCCUGACUGGUGAUCAUCGAACUCUCAGAACCGACAUCGUCAUGGAUGUCGGGGAAAGCAUCAACCCUGCCAUCGACGUUGGUCAGAUAGAAGGGGCCUUUAUCCAGGGGUAUGGUCUGUUUGUCAUGGAGGAUCUACGAUGGUCACCUAAUGGUCAGCUCUUGACCAAAGGGCCUGGGUACUACAAGAUACCAGGGUUUGGUGACGUGCCAUUAGAGUUUAACGUGACUCUUCUCAAGAACUCAUCUAACCCUGACAACAUCUGCUCAUCUAAGGCUUGCGGUGAGCCGCCUCUCUUCCUGAGCUCUUCAGUAUUCUUCGCUAUCAAGGACGCCAUGAUGUCAGCUAGAACAGAUGAAGGAUUGACUGGUGUCUUUCGGUUAGACAGUCCCUCGGUAGCUGAACGGAUCAGACUCGGCUGUGUGGACCAGUUCACCAGGAUGUUCCCUUCGCCUGAACCAGGAACCUUCGAACCUUUCUUCGUCCGACCGUGAGGAUUCAAGGGACAGCCAAAUGUCAUACAACAGCACGAAGGAUAAUGUUGAUAAUUUUCCGCGUUUAUAUAGCGCUUAAUACAUUGACGAUGUCUCUUUUAAGCGCUUAACAGAUAUAUCAUUAUAUACCCCGAUCAUCGGAUUGCCCGCACACAAUGUAUGAACAUUUUCCACUCCCUGGGGAACAAUUAAGUCAGGUGCCAUUUACAGAUGCUAAAGCAAACGUUCUCAUCCUACCGAGUACCCAUUUAACACCUGGGUAGAGAGUGGCAAAUGUAGAUUAACGUCUU